AGGGCGUCCUGACGCUGCGCUCCAAACCUCCCGCUGAGGACGAGUUUGUCGACUGUCUGCAGAAGUUCAAACACGCCUUCAACCAGCUGGGGAAACUGAAGGAUCACAUCCAGAACCCGAGCGCCGUCGACCUGCUGCACUUCCUCUUCUCUCCGCUCAGGAUGGUGAUCCAGGCGUCGGGCAGUGUGGAUCUGGCGCGCAGCGUCGUGGUUCCUCUGCUGACCAGAGAGGCCAUCGACUUCCUGCACGCCUCAGGAACGGCGGAGGAGAGACACCUGUGGGUCACUCUGGGAGACGGAUGGACCAAAUGCAG